CAUUAUUAUCUGCAGGAGUUGCUCAGCGGAAGCAACCGAUAAUGUACUGGGAUGUUAUCGACUUACCAUUUUGUUGGGAACGCUCAACAUAAAUCAUGGUUUAAAGAGAAAAACAGUUAGCUAAACACUUUGUGGGAGGCGUUGUGAUGGUGAUUUUAAUGUCAUUUUUAAAAACUCUUUCAAAGACAAACAUUCGGGUAGGUAGGUAGGAUGUAGGCCAAUCAAGUCUGGAGUCUUGAGCAGAGGUGUAUAAAUUUGAGUUAGUUGCCGUAGAAACGUCCACUACCGAAGAGUUGAACGCAGGAUUCCGCGAAAUCUCGUAAGGAAAACGUGGUACGAGCAUCGAGUUUCUGCAAAGCAAUUUCCAGGCGGUUUUUCCCCUGCAUGCAAUUUGGAUAUCGCAAUGUCUGAAGUGAACGUCUGCCCCCCCGUGAGUGGAAAUCCCCCUCCACCAGAGGUCAUAAAUUCCAAGAGGCGUGGACGUGUAACCAAUCAGCUACAAUAUCUGGAGAAGGUGGUGCUCCAAGCUUUAUGGAGGCAUCAAUACUCAUGGCCUUUUCACCAGCCAGUGGAUGCAGUGGCACUGUGUCUCCCAGAUUAUUAUACAAUUAUUACAAAUCCAAUGGAUCUUGGCACCAUUAAGAAGCGGCUGAAGAAUAGUUACUACUGGCAAGCAGUUGACUGCAUAGACGACUUCAAUACUAUGUUCACCAACUGCUAUGUGUACAACCAGCCCGGGGAUGAUAUUGUUUUUAUGGCAAAAACCCUCGAAAAGCUUUUCCUGCAGAAACUUUCUAAAAUGCCUCAGGAAGAGUUUGUGGUAGAAGUCACUACAAAGGACCAACAAAAAGGGAAAAACUCUAAUGCAGAUGCAUUAAAGCACAGAUCCCUCGUGUCAGAGGUUGUUCUUCAGCAGACUGUGACAGUCAUUCCUCCAGAUGUCCCUCAGUCGAGCCUACCCAUCCAGCUCUCUGCACAAACUGACUCAACACUGAGCACUGAAAUGAGCAAAAAAGGUCUCAAGCGGAAAGCAGAGCCCACCACCACCUCAGUGAUCACCAGCAGUGAAGUCUCCCCUGCUGAACAUUCAGCACCUGGUAUGCUGAUCUCCCACAGAGGCAGUGGAAGGCCCAUCAAGCGUCCUAAGAAAGACUUGCCUCUCUUUGAGGCCAAGAAGGUCAGACUGUCUGAGCAGCUCAGAUGCUGCAAUGAUAUCCUGAAGGAGCUGCUCUCAAAGAGGCACUCUGCAUAUGCAUGGCCCUUUUAUGUGCCAGUUGAUGCGGCUGCUUUGGGUCUGCAUGACUACCAUGAUAUCAUCACGCAUCCCAUGGACCUGAGUACCAUCAAGAAAAAGAUGGAUCAACGAGAGUACGGAAAUGCAAAAGAAUUUGCUGCCGAUGUUCGCUUGAUGUUCUCCAACUGUUACAAGUACAAUCCACCUUCAAAUGAGGUGGUACACAUGGCAAGAAAACUUCAGGAAGUUUUUGAGGCCCGGUAUCUGAAGCUUCCCCAUGAAGCAGAGUCCUGUCAGACAUCACAUCAGCAAGAAAGGGGAAAAGGAAACCGAAAUGGAAGUCUGUCAACUUCAGAAAGUUCUGUCAGCAAAAGCUCAUCAUCUGAGGAAGAAUUUUCAUCAGAAGAGGUAGCCAUUCGGCUUGCCAAUCUGGAGGAUCAGUUGAAGGCUGUCAGUGAUCAGCUGAAGAAGUUUGUCCAGGAUCCCAUGAUGAAAUCAAGGAAGAGAGAAAAGCUGAAAAAGGAAAAAAGAUCACGGGAAAAGGAUAUAGCUCGACUAAAGAACAAAUCCUUGAAAUGCAAAUCUGUUGUUCAAAGAAUCGCAACCAGCACGAGCUCUUCCUUGAAAGAAACCAGACCUCCUAAUCUCUGUGAAUCCAUGGAAGAUGUGGGUUCAGCCCCAUUGGCACCAAUGACUUACCAGGAGAAGAAACAGUUAAAACUGGACAUCAACAAGCUGCCUGGUGACAAACUGGGCAAGUUGGUGAAAAUCAUCCACACCAGGGAGUCUUGUCUGCGAGAUUCUACUCUGGAGGAGAUUGAAGUUGACUUUGGAAUUCUCAAGCCUUCCACACUACGAGCUCUGCAGAGGUUUGUCGCAGAGUGUCUGACUAAAUCCGUCAAGAAUGUAACCAAAAAUAGACCAAAGCCCACAGGAGCAAUGCAGACUGCAAAACUAAAGGAUGGCAGAACGUCUCAGACUGUCGGCAAAGAACAGCGCUUAAUUGGUAAAAAGAGGUCAUCAGCUCAAGUCGUGGCCUCUCCUAAUCUCAGCUGCUCCUCAAGUGAGAGCAGCAGCGGCAGCUCAUCCGACAGCAGCAGCUCGAGUAGUCUUUCUACCGCCUGUGAUGUCAGUGACUCUGAAUCAGUGCUGAAAAAGAGGAAGCGGAAAUCUAAAGACCAUUGCCAAAAUGUUAACAAAAAGGUGAAACAUGCUGCUGGUAAACAGAUGUUGGGAGGAGCAGAUUUGACGAAAGCAUUCGUCAAGACUUGUCAGCUUUUUGUUAAUGGGCAGUCUGUAAAGGAAGCAGACAAGGAAGGACACCCAGCACAGCACGAUGCAGCGCUAACCUGUGAUGACUUCACUUUAUCGCCUCCAGAUUUGUCUGCACUUUUAUCCCCCAUGGGAUCUCCCGUAGUUCCACUGGACUGGGCUGCUGCAAGAUUUGAGCAGGGUCCAGUGCUGUCCCCUCUUGCAGACAGCCCUCUGCAAUCCAAAGACGAAAUAAGACCCAAUUUCCGAUAUACUGCAGAUCUUCCUGACAACCAGUUGAUUAAUGUGCCUAACACUGAUGCUGCGAGUAAAUCUGCUGAGGGAGAAAAACCCCAAAUUCCCCAAAAGGAUAUUGUGGUGAAAAACACUGAGCCUUGGAUGAGAUUGGGAAGACAGAGAGAGACGGUGAUGCCACCUGCAAUCAAGUCCUCAAAAGAGAGCUUCCAGAUGUUUCGUGAAAAAGCACUGAAAAAGAAAUUGUUGGAUGAAAGCAAGGAGAUGGAGGUUCCUGAAAAGACCAGCCUACAAGUCCCAUGUAAAUCGGAACAAAAUCCACAGCCUGUUAAGGACGUUUCGGAUUUGCCUGGAAGUAUUUGCACAGAAGGUCCCUCGGAUGCUCCCAAACAUGUUGAACAGCAAAAGGCUAAAGAAACGCAACCUCUAACCACACAGCCGUCUUUAGAUAAAGAAAGAGAGCUGGCCCGCAAAAGAGCGCAGGAACGUCGCGAGCGAGAAGCAAUGUCUGGUAUCGACCUAACCUUGCAACGGGAUGUCAUGACUACAUUUGAGCUUGAACUUUGAGCCUGGACUAAAAGUGAACAGAGAUUCAUCUGAAAUGUGUUUGAUGUGUUGAUAAUUUUUUUUUUUUCCUUUCAAUGCCUUGUACAUGUCAAUAAACCUAAUAAAAUAAAUGCUUCAUUUGUGCAGGUGGUAGUAAUUUGAGUAAUUUGGUUUAAUACUCCAGAAAACUGUCAUGAUCAUUUAUCUUACUUUUAUGUGCAUUAUUUCACUAGAAAGUGGUGCAAAUACUUUAAAAUGUGGUGUUUGAGCCCUUUCCAAACAUCAUUUCAUCAUACUGUUAAGAGUUGAUUUUGUUAAUGUUUAUGUUCACGCAGAGAGUUUGAUCAGACAUGUCAGCGAUGGAGGAAACCACAGUAUACACACAAUGUUUGCACUUUUGCAACAAGCAUAUUUUAAUAUGCUUGUCUUUAUUUAGUGGAGUAUUUGGAAACAUUUUUUUUGUUUUCUCGGCAUGGUAUGUCCUGUUUGUUGUAUAGUGCUGCUGAGAGGAUUAAAAGAGGAAUGUUUUAAUCUUAAUGCACUUUUGAAACUGUUGAGAUACAAAUGCUAUUAUGUACAUGUUAUUACAUCCCAAAGAUGUGGCAAAGACCUGGCGAGAUUGAUGUUGUAAGCAUUACGGAAACCUGGCCAGGUGCUCUUUGGCACAACUUGACAAAAUGUUGAGGCGCCAUCAGGUGAAUGUAAAGUCAUGCACAUCUUAAAUGGGCAUGAAGUGCAAAUGGAUCUAGUCCUUACUUAGCAUUUGAUAAAUGCCUGCACUAGUGCCCUCUGGAUUUUCGCCUGACUGGGGUUAAAGUGCCUUCAUAAAAGAGUUAUGUUUUUCUCUGCUGUUCAGAGGUUGAUAGAUAUGCAUGGUAAGCUAGUUCAUAUCCCAUCUACUGCAGUUUCAAUGCCACUUUGUUGCGUUGUCUACUUAAACGUGCAGCAGUUGUUCUGGUAUUAAAUGUUAAUGUCCUGUAAGUGUUUACCGUGGUUUUGUUAAUACUGACUUAAAUAUACUUGAAAUGUAAACAGAAAACUGGUUUAUGUGUCAGAGUAGCAUGUUUACACACUGACUUUUUUCUUCUUUCUUAAAAUAUUCUUGGAUUUAAAAAAAAAAAAAAACUGAGCCAGGAAAAAAUAUUACAGUAUCAAAGUUUUCUUUGUGCAAUUGACUUCUCAGUUCCUUGAGUACUUGAAAUGCCAAAUAUUGUGUUAGCUGUACAUGCACUGCACUUUGUUGUUCAUGCAGUUUUUUUCUUACUCAAUAAACCUU